CUGAACCAAUGAAUACAACACCUGCGAGUGCUGCUCCAUCAUUUAGGGCUCCUCCCACCUCAAUGGCCAUACCAGCAGCCUCAAAUAUGGCAGGGCCUAGCAAUAUGGGAGCACCUGGGCCCAAUAUAGGAGGCCCAGGAAUGGGUGGUCCACGACCGAACAUGAUGGGUGGAGGAAUGGAUCGUGGACCCGGAAUGGAUCGCGGACCUGGAAUGGAUCGGGGACCUGCAAUGGAUCGGGGACCUGGGAUGGAUCGAGGACCUGGAAUGGAUCGAGGACCUGGAAUGGAUCGGGGACCUGGGAUGGAUCGUGGACCUGGAAUGGAUCACAGAGGAAUGGGAAGAGGUCCAGGGGACAUGCAUGGUGGAAUGAUGGAUGGACCAGGUCGUCAUGACAACAGAAUGGGAGGCCCUGGGCCCAGGAUGGGAGACCCAAGAGGGGGUCCUAUGGGAGGAAACAGGAAUCAAGACUCAGAUUUCCGAGGACCAGGAAUGGAUCAUGAUAGAAUGCAGCCUGGUGCAUGGGAUUCUAGAGAUAUGGGAAGGAGAGAUAUGGGAGGCAGAGGUAGAGAUCCUAGAGAUCGAGAUCCAAGAGAUCAGCGUGAUCAAAGAGAUAUGCGUGGUGAUCCACGAGACAUGCGUGAUCCAAGGAGUGAAAUGCGUGACUCUAGAGAUAUGCGUGACCAAAGAGGAGAUAUGCGUGACCAAAGAGGAGAUAUGCGUGAUCCGCGAGGCAUGGGCCCAGGUGUGGGAGGGGAUCCAAGGAUGGGUAGAGGGCCAGGAGGUCCACAACCUGGAGCUGCUCCCCAAGGGAGACAACAGGGUGGUAUGGGUGGCCCAGCGGGUGGCAUGCUUGGGGGCCCAGGAGGGGGCCUAGCUGGCCUUGGUAAUAUGCUAGCAGGAGGUGGUGGAGCAGGCGGUCAAAGUCAAGACCAGGAGAAGGCUGCAUUGAUUAUGCAAGUUCUACAGCUAACAGACCAACAAAUAUCAAUGUUACCUCCAGACCAGAGGCAGAGUAUCCUUAUUCUCAAAGAACAGAUUUCACGCACAGGUGCCCCGCCUACUUAGUUUGACAGAAAGAUGCCCCACCCACUUAGACCCUUUAGGAUUAUCAAUUUGUUCAGCCAAUUUGACUCAAAGCCUUGACAACACACUGAAAUACAAUUUUCACAUCUAGAAAAUAAUUAUGCCCUGCUGGUGUAACAAGUUCUGAUAUCUGGAGUCUUACGAUAUUUUGGAGCCAGUAUCUUGAAAAUAAACAAUAUAAACAAACUGCAUCAUGUGAAUGGUAAUUAUUGGAACAUUGCUUAAUUGAGUAAACCAGCCAUAGGAUCAUAAUGGUAUUACAAAGAGUAAUGUGGAGCAGUCACAGUUGAACUAAUUCCAGAAUUCAUUGAAUGCAUUUACUAUUGGAUGCCUCAUUAACAUGUGGAUGCCUCAUUAACAUGUGGAUGCCUCAUUAACAUGUGG